AUGGAUUACUUGCUGUGGCUGUGCAGCCUCGUCGUUCCUAUGAUCCUGGCUGUAGAAGAAACCCUCAUGGACAGUCGAUGGGCAACCACAGAGCUGGCGUGGACCACGUUCCCAGAAAGCGGGUGGGAGGAGGUGAGUGGCUACGACGACUCCAUGAGCCCUAUUCGGACCUACCAGGUGUGUAAUGUCCGCCAGCCCAACCAGAACAACUGGCUCCGGACGGACUUCAUCCCCCGCAAAGAGGUAUUGCGGGUCUAUGUGGAGCUCAAGUUCUCAGUGCGUGACUGUGCCAGCAUUCCAAACAUCCCCGGCUCAUGUAAAGAGACCUUCAACCUGUUUUUUUACGAGUCUGACACCGACACGGCCACAGACUCGAGCCCCCAAUGGAGAGAGAACCCGUACGUCAAGGUUGAUACCAUAGCUCCGGAUGAAAGCUUCUCUCUUCUCGAGGCGGGAAGAAUAAACACCAAAGUGCGCAGUUUUGGCCCGCUGUCCAAAGCUGGCUUCUAUCUGGCCUUCCAAGACCUGGGCGCUUGCAUGUCUCUCAUCUCGGUUCGUGUUUUCUUCAAGAAGUGCUCCACCACUAUUGCCAACUUUGCUGUCUUCCCUGAAACGGCUACAGGAGCAGAGGCCACCUCUUUGGUGAUCGCACCUGGGGCCUGCGUCACCAACGCCAUGGAGGUGUCCGUGCCUCUCAAGCUGUAUUGCAACGGAGACGGGGAGUGGAUGGUUCCUGUUGGAUCCUGCACGUGCAUGGCUGGUUUCGAACCCUCGUCGGACAGCACACAGUGUCAAGCUUGCAUCCCUGGGACUUUUAAAUCCAAAUUCGGAUCUGCGACCUGCAUCUUGUGCCCAGCCAACAGUCGCACCAGUGCCAGGGGCUCCAGCGUGUGUCCCUGCCAAAAUGGAUUCUACCGCUCUGACAGUGACCCCCCGGAGUCGGCAUGCACCACGAUCCCCUCCGCUCCUCGAAACGUCAUCUCCAGCGUGAACGAGACCUCCCUGUCCCUGGAGUGGGAGGAGCCGGACGACACGGGCGGACGCAGCGACCUGGUCUACAACGUGGUGUGUAAGAAGUGCCUUCGCGACCGGAGCCCCUGCACGCGCUGCGACGACAACGUGGACAUUGCCCCCCGCCGCCUGGGCCUGAGGCAGAGGAAGGUUGUGGUCCGAAACCUCCAGGCCCACACCAGGUACAGCUUUGAGGUCCAGGCCGUCAACGGGGUCUCCGGGAAGAACCCUACGUCACCUCGCUACUCCACCGUCAACAUCACCACCAACCAGGCCGCUCCCUCCGCGGUGCCCACGGUCCACCUGAUGCGGUCCACAGCAGACACCCUCAGCCUGUCCUGGCUGCCCCCGGAGAAGCCCAACGGGGUCAUCCUCGAUUACGAGAUUAAAUACCACGAGAGGGGACAGGCCAUGUCUCACACCGUCACGUCCCAACACAGCUCGGCCAAAGUGGAGGGUCUUCGCGCCGACACCCCCUACGUGGUGCAGGUCCGGGCACGCACCGUCGCCGGGUACGGUCGCUACAGCAACCCCAUAGACUUCAGCACCGGCUUGGACAGCGAUCCACAGAAGUCCGUCCAGGACCAGCUGCCGCUCAUCGUGGGGUCUGCCUCCGCGGGUCUCGUGGUCAUCGUGGCGUUGGUGGUGAUCGCCAUAGUCUGCCUUAAGAAGCAGCGCAGCGGCUCAGAGCUGGAAUACACGGAGAAGCUGCAGCAGUACAUCUCUCCAGGUGUCAAAGUCUACAUCGACCCCUUCACGUACGAGGACCCUAAUGACGCGGUGCACGAGUUUGCCAAAGAAAUUGACAUCUCUUGUGUGAAAAUCGAGGAAGUCAUCGGUGCAGGGGAGUUUGGAGAGGUGUGCAGAGGUCGGCUGAAGCAGGCGGGCCGCAGGGAGAUGGUGGUGGCCAUAAAGACUCUAAAAGCUGGAUACACUGAGCGCCAGAGGAGGGACUUCCUGGGAGAGGCGUCCAUCAUGGGCCAGUUUGACCACCCCAACGUCAUCCGCCUGGAGGGAGUACUCACCCGCAGCUGUCCCGUUCUGAUUAUCACUGAGUUCAUGGAGAAUGGUGCACUGGAUUCCUUCCUUCGGCUGAACGACGGCCGCUUCACUAUGACCCAGCUGGUGGGCAUGCUGCGUGGCAUCGCCGCAGGGAUGAAGUAUCUGUCAGACAUGAACUACGUGCACAGAGACCUGGCGGCGCGCAACAUCCUGGUCAACAGCAACCUGGUGUGUAAGGUGUCCGACUUCGGCCUGUCACGCUUCCUAGACGACACGUCUGCAGACCCCACCUACACCAGCUCCCUGGGUGGAAAAAUCCCCAUCCGGUGGACAGCCCCAGAAGCGAUCGCGUUCAGAAAGUUCACCUCCGCCAGUGACGUGUGGAGCUACGGCAUCGUGAUGUGGGAGGUGGUGUCCUACGGGGAGCGGCCGUAUUGGGACAUGAGCAACCAAGAUGUGAUGACAGCUGUGGAGCAGGACUACCGGCUUCCCCCGCCCAUGGACUGCCCCAUGGUGCUGCACCAGCUCAUGUUGGAGUGUUGGAUGAAGGAGAGGAAUCUAAGACCCAAAUUCUCACGCAUCGUCAACACGUUAGACAAGCUGCUACGCAACGCGGCCAGCCUCAAAGUAGUGACCAGCACCUACUCGGGGGACCUGUUGCGACUUGGAGGGACUCUGCCAGGACACAACAGGAAGAGUCUGGAUGGCAGCCAGGAAAUAGUUCGGCAACAGAUGAGCCAAACUCUGCCCAUCCGAGUGUGA